AUAAGGUGGAGAGGCAGAGCCCGCGGUCAGUUCUGGACGUUAACAUCCUCCGCGCGCGCGCCCCGCCCGCCAGAUUUGAUAUUCUACACUGAAGUCAUCAUGAAUUUUUUCCAACUCCUCAUGAAAAAGAAGGAACUUAUUCCUUUGGUGGCGAUCACGACCGUUGCAGCCGGCGGAGCCUCAUCCUUUGCUAUAUACGCCCUUGGAAAAACCGAUGUGGUCAUUGAUCGAAAAAGAAAUCCAGAACCUUGGGAAUCUGUGGAUCCUAGUAUACCUCAAAAGCUUAUAACAAUCAACCAAGAAUGGAGGCCCAUUGAAGAAUUGCAGAAGGUCCGAAGGGCAACCAAAUGACCAGUCAUCACUUCUUUCUUCCAAAGAGUACUCUAUGAAUCUAGUGGAAACACUUCUGCACAAACUAAAUUAUGGAUACCAGUGUGCGGAAAUGCUUCUGCUGCAUUUUUAGAGUUUGCCUACAUUUUUGGACUCUGCAUAAGGAAUUAAAGGCAGUGCAACAAUAACCAUCUAGUCCCAGACUAAGUUUCUAUAUUUAGUUUCUUGUUGUAAAUUUGAAUGUUGCAUGUUGAAAUUUUUCUGUUUAUGACAUCUGAAUGUUUUCCUUGAAAUGUGUAAAGAUUUGUACAUUAAGUUGUGAUCUUAAUAAAGUACCAUUUGUGCAAUA